AUGCAAUCUUUCAAUGCAUCAACCCCAAUUUGUUCCAUGCUUUUUAAUAAUCUUUCGGGUUAUGAUUUGCAUUUUAUUGUCAGACAAUUAGGAAACGACACGAAAUCGAUCUCUGUAAUUCCUAAUACAGAAGAAAAUCUAAUUUCAUUUACAAAGUACAUUUUACCUGAAUUUCAAAUAAGAUUUUUUGAUACAUGCCGCUUCAUGCAAUCGAGUUUGAAAACAGUUACCAAUAAUUUAGCUCGAGGUGACAAAUCUAAAUUUAGAGAGACGGCAAAAAUAUUUGCAUCUAAUGAUAUGAAAUAUGUGACUCAAAAAGGGUUUUAUCCCUGCGAGUACACAGAUAGUUGGGAAAAAUUGGAUGAUUCGUCACCAUCACCUAAAGAAGGAUUUUAUAAUAGGUUGUUAGAAAAGCAUAUUAAACACGAGAACUACAAAUCUGCAGAACGUGUUUGGGAACACUUCGGGUUCAAAAUUUUAGGAGAAUAUAGCGAUUGGUAUAUGAAAGUUGACGUGAGACGUGCGAUGUGUUUGAGAAUUUUAGGAAUUUAUGUAUGGACACAUAUGGCGUAG